UCACAACAACACGUCGCCAUUUCACGGAUGGGGGGGUCAGCUGAAACUCCUGCAAAGUAAUUUACGUCACCGGAGAUAUAGCACAACACACGAACAUUAUCUGAAAGGAAAAUGUAAAUGUGGCGAUAUUUGGCUCGGGUGAAUGAGUUGUUCAAGUGCUGGCCGAGGUUGAAGUUGCCAGUGAUCGGAUUUUUUCACGUCAACAGCUAGCCAGCGGUCAAGUGUAAACAUAAGAAUUUGGCAAUAGGUCCAACCGGCCUCAACCCUAGACCACAUGCAACCACGCCAGCCCAGUACCUCCACAUCCGGCUUCUUCACCUGUGGGAUUGUCUGAGACUAGUCACCUGGACCGUUGAUAAAGUGGACAAGAUGAAGAGGGUGAAAGGAGAUGAGGACGCCUGCAGCUCUUCCAGCGAGGGCCCAACCGAGUCCUGCAAGAAGGUGCGGAAGCUACAGCCAAGCAAAGAGAAGUAUCAAGAGGAGGAGGAAGAAGAGACUGAUGUAAAGCUCUGUGAGUUUGGCUUCGACUGGGCACUGCUCCCUCAGGAGAUCCUGCUCAACAUCUUCCAAUUCCUGCCUCUUCUGGACCGGGCGUAUGCCUCGCAAGUGUGCCGUGGCUGGAACCAAGCUUUCCACAUGCCUGAGCUAUGGAGGUGCUUUGAGUUUGAACUGAACCAGCCUGCCAGUUCUUACCUGAAGGCGACACACCCAGACCUAAUCAAACAGAUCAUCAAGAGGCAUUCGAACCACCUGCAGUAUGUCAGCUUCAAAGUGGACAGCAGCACGGAAUCUGCAGAGGCAGCCUGUGACAUUCUCUCCCAGCUGGUGAACUGUUCACUAAAGACACUAGGGCUCAUCUCUACGGCCAGACCCAGCUUCAUGGAGUUGCCCAAGUCUCAUUUCAUCUCGGCCCUGACGGUGGUGUUUGUCAACUCCAAGUCCCUUUCAUCUCUGAAGAUCGACGACACACCGGUGGAUGACCCGUCCCUGAAGGUCCUGGUGGCCAACAACAGCGACACGCUGAGGAUGUUGAAGAUGAGCAGCUGCCCUCAUGUCUCCCCUGCAGGUAUUCUGUGUGUGGCGGACCAGUGCCAUGGUCUGAGGGAGCUGGCGCUGAACUACCACCUGCUGAGUGACGAGCUCUUAUUAGCCCUCUCCUCUGAGAAACACGUGCACCUGGAGCAUCUCCGCAUUGAUGUGGUCAGCGAGAACCCCGGGCAGCACUUCCACACCAUCAGGAAGUCCAGCUGGGACGCUAUGCUGCGCCACUCGCCCAAGUUCAACCUGGUCAUGUACUUCUUCCUCUACGAGGACGAGUUCGGCCCCUUCUUCAGGGAGGAAGUCCCCAUCACCCACCUCUACUUUGGUCGCUCAGUCAGUAAGGAUGUGCUGGGCCGCGUGGGGCUCCACUGCCCCCGGCUGGUGGAGUUGGUGGUGUGCGCCAAUGGGCUGCGGCCGCUGGACGAGGAGCUAAUCCGCAUCGCCAAGCGCUGCACCCAGCUGUCGGCCAUUGGCCUUGGGGAGUGUGAGGUGUCGUGCAGCGCGUUCGUAGAAUUUGUGAAGAUGUGCGGUCGGAGGUUGUCCCAGCUGUCCAUCAUGGAGGAGGUGCUGAUUCCUGACCAUAAGUACAACCUGGAUGAAAUCCACUGGGAGGUGUCAAAGCACCUCGGCCGUGUCUGGUUCCCCGACAUGAUGCCCACCUGGUAGAGCUGUUGAAGGGGGCUGUGGAUUUACUGUACAUAGUUUGACAUACUUUUCUCUUUUUUUCCCACCUUGAAACUCUGUCCGAAGCGUCCAUGUUGGCAGCGAAGGAACUACCGAAGAUAAUAGUGUUCGACUUAAAAUGUGAAUUUUUCAGGGAUGCGAUUUUUCCUGAUUAAUCAGGAAUUCCUACUUUUCUCAAUGUAUACUCCAUUCCUAUAUACCACCCAUACGUAGAAUGUAUGCACGCAUGACUGUAAGUCGCUUUGGAUAAAAGCGUCUGCUAAAUGGCAUAUAUUAUUAUUAUUAUUAU